AGAGGGCAGGCUUCAAGUAUAACUCGUUUGAAGUAAUGGUGCUUCAUAUAACAUUAUCCAGAGAAACCAAUGUUAGUGAUAAAUCCCCUGUUAUGUUUGUACUGGCUACUGUAUACAGGCCACCAGGGCACCAUACAGACUUUAUUAAAGAGUUUGGUGAUUUUACAUCCGAGUUAGUUCUGGCUGCAGAUAAAGUCUUAAUAGUUGGUGAUUUUAAUAUCCAUGUCGAUAAUGAAAAAGAUGCAUUGGGAUCAGCAUUUAUAGACAUUCUGAACUCUAUUGGUGUUAGACAACACGUUUCAGGACCUACUCAUUGUCGAAAUCAUACUCUAGAUUUAAUACUGUCACAUGGAAUUGAUGUUGAUAGUGUUGAAAUUAUUCAGCCAAGUGAUGAUAUCUCAGAUCAUUAUUUAGUUCUGUGUAAACUUCAUAUAGCCAAAAUUGUAAAUUCUACUUCUUGUUACAAGUAUCGAAGAACCAUCACUUCUACCACAAAAGACUGCUUUUUAAGUUAUCUUCCAGAUGUAUCCGAAUUCCUUAGCAUAUCCAAAACCUCAGAACAACUUGAUGAUGUAACAGAAACUAUGGACUCUCUCUUUUCUAGCAUGUUAAAUACAGUUGCUCCUUUACGCUUAAGGAAGGUUAAGGAAAACAGUUUGACACCAUGGUAUAAUGAGCAUACUCGCACCCUAAAGAGAGCAGCCCGAAAAAUGGAGCGCAGCUGGAGGAAAACAAAACUAGAGGUCACCGUGGCCACCAGAUCCAGUCUGUGUCCAGAUCAGAGGGUCACUGCAGUCGCCCGGAUCCAGUACGUAUCCAGACCAGAUGGUGGAUCAGCACCUAGAAAGGACCUCUACAUCCCUGAAAGACAGCGGAGACCAGGACAACUAGAGCCCCAGAUACAGAUCCCCUGUAAAGACCUUGUCUCAGAGGAGCACCAGGACAAGACCACAGGAAACAGAUGAUUCUUCUGCACAAUCUGACUUUGCUGCA